ACUCCAACUUCACCACUCUCACAACAACUCCAUCCAAAGCUCUUAACAAUUCCAAUUCCCAAUCUAUAUAAAGAGCAAGCCCAAACCCCAUUUGCAUACUAAUCCAAGAAACCUUCAUGUUUCAGUGCAAACAAAAACUCACCAAUCUCUCUCUCGUACACAAGCAUUUCAAAAUGUCCAAACAAUCAACACCAACCCUUUUCAUUGCAAUCCUAAUUGCAGCUAUUCAUGUGGUGAACGUUGCUGCUGCAAUUGAACCUGCAACAACGGGUGGAGAACCGGUUUUCGAGCUUUAUCUGCACGACAUUCUAGGCGGAAGCAGCCCUACAGCGAGGCCAGUCACCGGCUUACUUGGCAACAUCUACAGCGGCCAAGUGCCCUUUGCUAGGCCAGUUGGGUUUCUUCCUCCAAAAGGCGGCGUAGUCAUCCCCAAUGCCAAUGGUGCCAUCCCAACCCUCAAUGCCAAUGGCAUUCCUUUGGGAACUGGCUUAGCCGGUACGAGUUUUGCCGGAAACCCUAACAAUAAUGGCAACACUUUGUCCACCCAACUGGGGCCCGAUGGACUUGGACUAGGGUUUGGAACAAUAACUGUCAUCGACGAUAUCUUAACGUUGGCUCCCGAGUUGGGAUCGCAGUCAUUGGGGAAAGCCCAAGGGGUUUAUGUUGCAAGCUCUGCUGACGGAACUACCCAAAUGAUGGCAUUUACUGCUAUGAUGGAAGGUGGGGAAUAUGGUGAUAGCCUAAAUUUCUUUGGUGUGUAUAAGAUUGGAAGCACUAUGUCGCGCCUAUCGAUAACUGGUGGGACCGGUAAGUUUAAGAAUGCUUGCGGGUUUGCUGAGAUGCGCUCGCUCAUACCGGCUGGUCAGCAUGUUACGGAUGGUGCAGAGACAUUGUUGAGGAUCACUGUCCAUCUGAGUUACUGAGAUUGCUUUGGUGACUGAGGAAGUGAGGAGUGAAAAACAAAUGUGUGCUUGUCUGUGUGAAAAAUGAAUGUGCUCUUGUGAUGUGGUUUCUCUAUGUCAAUGUGGCAAUGAAUGAAUGAAUAUUUUUUAUGUUUCAUCUAAAUUUCAACUUUUGUUGGUAAA